AUGCUCGCUGUGCCAAAGCCCGAAAGACGACCCCUCCCACCUCGAGUUUUGCCACCCCUGCCACCACCCGUUAAAAAAGAGAGUAAAACUGCUGAGAAGAAGAAGCGAAAAACGAAUAAUCAUAAUAUUGACUCGGAAGCUUCGAACGCGAAAUUUGCUGCGAUGGUGCGACGCCUGAAAAAGCUGGACAAAAAUGCAACCAAUAACGAACAGGGUGAACAGGAGAAGCCAGUAAAGAAAAGAUUCCGAAGAAUUUUCCGAUGUUUACGACUGCGAAAAAAGGUUAACGAAGAAAGUUUGGAAACCCCCGAAGUAAUCGCGCAAAAAGAUAACAAAAAAUUCAAGCUUUUUUCAAAUUUUUUCAAACGAAAGAAGAAAACAGGCAAAGUCAAAGCGAAAGCAAAAGUUGUAGAAAAGAAAGGUAAAUUGUUUCCGCUUAAAGGUGUGUCCAACAAGGUCCCUGGCAAUUUAAAAGUCGAAUGUGGAUAUUGCAUGAGCAGAAAAGACAGAGUGCGAGAGACGUGUUACAAUCUUAUUGGACCAUGCUUUGGAGUAUUGAAAAUAAACGUUGUCGAUAAAAAUGCACCAAUUGCGAUAACAGGAAAGAGUAUUGCAUUACAUCAAGAAGAUGGAUCAAAGAUGGUUACCAAGGGUAAGACUGGAAAGAAGAAGAAAAGAAAAGGUUUGAAACGUGCAAAGUCUUUUACAGCACUAAAGACAUCAAAAAAUGCCUCGGUGCAUGAUAACAUCAAUGAUGAAGAUCGUGCUGACAGAGAAAGUGAUGAUGAGACUGAUAGUGAACUUCAGUUGCUUUUUGUUCAAUCCCCCAACACACCUGUUGACGGCGAAUCUUGCAACACAUUUUCACCUGCAUUAAAUGUAGAUUAUGAGGAUAUUCCAACUGGUGCUAAGCGACAUGUUCAUUUCGAAAUACCUCAUUGGGACGAACAUGAUCGAAAGCCUGGUUCAAGGUGUGCUACACCAAAACCUAAAGAACCAAGUGCUGACCGAAGAAGAAAACAAAAGACAAUCAUGGAGUUACGAUUGGAACAAAUAAAAGCAGAGGAGGCCCGACUAAAAAUGCAGCAUGAGCGUAUUCGACCAAUCAGCGCACGAAGAGAUCGCGUAAACAAAACAAAAAUUGAUUUGAAAGCUCUUGAAGCCGAGCGAAGAAGGGCUCAACUUGAGCAUAUAAAGACCAAAGAAAAGGCCAUAAAGUUGAACAAAGAUGUUUUAAAUGAUGCUAAAUUGGAGAAAACGAACUUGAUCAAUGAACGCGCAGAAGCUGUUCGCGCUCAAAAGGAGAAAAAGGAGAUUGAGGAAAUGGAACGACGACAUAAGCGUGCUGUAGAACUGCAAAGAAGUUUGGCUUCUAGUAAAGGUAGACGAAACAACAACCUGUCAGUCAAAGUUGAAAAAUUGAAAGAAAAGCAUGCUCAUGUGGAUGCUAGACGUUGCCACAAACGGAAUGACCUAUCAGCUCAAGGUGCAAUUCCACAAGUUCCACAAGUGGGUGUCGUUGCGGAACAUGAACCAAGACCAGCUCCUAUGCCACAUGAUGAUAUUGUAUUGCCAGUUGUUGCAAAACGUCGAGCAAAAGACGUUGUUGCUCAAAUUGCAGAUAGCAAGAAACUUCGUGAAGGACAAAUGCGAGGAAAAAUCGACACAAGAGUAAACAGUGAACGAGAUGCACUUGUACGACAACAGCCAAAUCAAACCAGCGGUGGUGAGGGUGAGACUGGUCUGACUGCAGAAGUGCAUGAAGAGCUUGUUGUUGGCCGACGUCGACGACGACGUCAAAAAAAACACACGACACAGGAGGGUGAUGCUGAAUUUGCAGCAGAGGUAUUUAGAUCGUUUUGUUAAGUCGUUGAUUGAAGUUUAUUACAUCUUGUUAAUUUUUAUAACUUUCUUAUUUUAGCCUCCAAAUUUUCAAUAACUUAUUCAAGAUUCAGUAACUUUCAAAUUGGCUUUAAAUACGGAUUUAUUUAUUUAUACUUGUACAGAGGACUUGAUGCUGAGGCUUUGGGUUUGUUUAUUUGAGUUUUUGUUUGAAUAUCAAAUCAUUUUAUAGCGGCAUUUAAAAAGUACGCUUGAAGUGUGUGUGUGGGGGGGGGAUGGUUUAGUGGUUUGGGGUUAAGGGGAGGGGGGUCAAGAUUUGGGUUAUUUAAAAGCGUAUAAAAACAAACUUGGAGAGGGGCAUUUUGCACACGUAAGGGGAAAGGGGAAUUUGCGAGGUGAGGGUG